AGAGAACCCACGGUGCACCGCUCUCCAAAACAGCCGGACAAACACGAACCCCCUUUUCCUCUCUCUCUCCUCAACGCUGCAGCUCGUUCCUGUCACUUUUACCGACCAGAUGCUGCAUCACGUCGAGGCUUAGCGGCUCAUCUCUCCUCACUUUUGAUUACUUAUUCUUUAAAAAAAAAAAAUUCCAUUUUUGUUUCUCAAACUUGUGGGAGCGGACCGAGCGGGCAGGUGGAGAUGGCGAUGGGACCGGCGCCGGGGGCUGCGCUCCGGCCGGCUUGGCGCACCCAGACGCGGGUCGCUUUGCUGCUCCUGUCGCUGCUGAGCGGCGUGUCGGCCCAGGAGCUGCCGACCAACGGCGUGAACGGCUACAGCCUGCACCCGCCUUACUUCAACCUGGCCGAGGGCACCAAGAUCACCGCCACGGCGACCUGCGGGGAGGACGAGAACGGCCGGACCGUGCAGGACCUGUACUGCAAGCUUGUCGGGGGCCCGGUGUCCGGAGACCCCAGCCAGACCAUCCAGGGCCAGUACUGUGACAUCUGCAGCCAGGGGGAGAGCGACCGCGCCCAUCCCAUCACCAACGCCAUCGACGGGACGGAGCGCUGGUGGCAGAGCCCGCCUCUGUCCCGCAGCACCGAGUUCAACGAGGUCAACGUCACCCUGGACCUGGGACAGCUCUUCCACGUGGCCUACGUGCUCAUAAAGUUCGCCAACUCUCCCCGACCCGACCUCUGGGUGCUGGAGCGAUCCGUCGACUUCGGACAGACCUACCAGCCCUGGCAGUUCUUCGCCUCCUCGAAGAGAGACUGCAUCGAGCGUUUUGGUCAGAGGACCAUUGAGAGAAUCAGCCAUGACAACGACAUCAUCUGCACGACAGAGUACUCACGCAUAGUGCCGCUGGAAAAUGGAGAGAUCGUGGUGUCCCUGGUGAACGGCCGUCCCGGGGCGAUGAAUUUCUCCUACUCCCCCGUGCUGAGGGAGUUCACCAAGGCCACCAACAUCAGGCUUCGCUUCCUGAGGACCAACACGCUGCUGGGCCACCUGAUGGGCAAGGCGCUGCGCGACCCCACCGUCACCCGCCGGUACUACUACAGUAUCAAAGACAUCAGCAUUGGAGGACGCUGUGUGUGUAACGGACAUGCUGAGGCCUGCAACGCCAAGGACCCCAAUGAUCCAUUCAAGUUACAGUGCGACUGCCAGCACAACACCUGCGGCGUGUCAUGUGACCAGUGUUGCCCCGGCUACAACCAGUUACCGUGGAAACCGGCCACGACCUACAGCGCUAACGAGUGUGAACCGUGUAACUGUCACCGCCACUCGUUCGACUGUUACUACGACCCGGAGGUCGACCAGAACAGAGGAAGUGUCGACGUCCACGGACACCACCGAGGAGGAGGAGUCUGCCUCAACUGCCAGCAUCACACCACAGGAGUGAACUGCGAGCGCUGCAUCCCGACCUACUACCGCUCCCCGGACCACCCCAUCGACUCGCCGCUCGCCUGCUCACCGUGUGCGUGUGAGUCCGAGUUCACAGACGGGACGUGUGAGGAUCUGACCGGCCGCUGUUACUGCAAACCAAACUACACCGGGGAGAACUGCGACUCCUGCGCCAGCGGCUUCAUCAACUUCCCCGACUGCUACCCCGUCCCCACCUAUCCCACCAACAACAACAACAACGGAGAGGCCAAACCUGCAGGAGAGAUCAUCAACUGCGAGUGCAGCGCCGCCGGGACGGUGGAUAACUCCUGCCGGCCGGAUCCCCGGACUCGAACCUGCGUCUGCAAACAGGGUUUCACCGGCGACCACUGUGACACCUGCGCUCCUGGUUUCUACGGCCUCAACUGUCAGGCCUGUCAGUGCUCGGGUCCUGGCUGUCUGGACGGGUCAUGUGACUCGGUGACCGGACACGGUGUGUGCCGAAGUGGUUUCCAUGGUUACCACUGCGAGCAGUGUGCGCCGGGCUACUUCAACUACCCGCUGUGCCAACUGUGUGGCUGCAGCACCGUCGGCUCCCUGCCCGGCGGCUGCGAUGCGUCCGGUCGCUGUCUGUGUAAACCGGAGUUUCAGGGCCCUCGAUGUGAACAGUGCAGAUCCGGGUUCCACUCCUAUCCCAACUGUCAAGUGUGCAGCUGUGAUCCUCGCACCUCAUUGGACGACAGCUGCAGCGCGUCGGGUCACUGCCACUGCCGGCCCAAUUACAGCGGCGCGUCAUGUGACCAGUGCGCACCUGGUUACUAUGGCUACCCGAGCUGCACGCCGUGUCAGUGCUCUGCUCAAGGCUCUCGCUUCUCCAGCUGCAACCAGCUGACGGGACAGUGUGUGUGUCUGCCCAACGUGGUGGGACUGAGGUGUGACAGCUGUGCACACGGCGCCUACGGCUUCCCCAACUGCCAAGCUGGUACGUGCCACCCGGCCGGCUCUGUUCAGCAUGUAGCUCAGCCACCACUGGGCCAGUGUUUGUGUCGUGAAAAUGUGGAGGGCGGAGCCUGCGACAGGUGUAAAGCUCUGUACUGGAACCUGUCCCCUGACUCUCCUGAUGGAUGUUCCAGCUGUGAAUGCAACAUCCCAGGCACGGUGAGCGGCGUGGCCGAGUGUGCACAGAGCACCGGUCAGUGCCACUGUAAGCCCAACGUCUGCAGUGGAACCUGCUCCUCAUGUAAAGACGGAUACUACAACCUGCAGGAGCAGAACUACUUCGGCUGCCAGGGUUGCCAGUGUGACAUCGGCGGCUCGGCGGGUCAGUCCUGUGGAGAGAGGAACGGCAGGUGUCGCUGCAGGCCCAACGUGGAGGGACCCAAAUGUAACCUCCCUCGUCCAGAUCACUACUUCCCCGACCUGCACCACCUGAAGUUUGAGAUCGAGGAGGGCACCAUGCUGGACGGCAGGCCGGUGCGAUUCGGCUACAACCCUCUGGAGUUCAGAGACUUCAGCUGGAGGGGCUACGCUCAGAUGUCGCCCAUCCAGAGUGCAGUGAAGCUUCAGGUUCAUGUGAGCGAGGCAGAUGUCUAUCUGACUCGUUUCAUCCUCAGAUACGUAAACUCUGAGAGCUCCACCUCCAACGGUAAAAUAACAGCCUAUCAGAACAGCCGCAGAGGCUCGGAGCAGUCCAAGCAGAUCGUCUUUGCUCCCAGCGUGGAGCCGACCUUCGUCAACGUUCCCCAGAACAGCUUCGUGGAGCCGUUUGUCCUGAACCCGGGAACCUGGACCGUGGUGAUCGAGGCUGAGGGGAUACUGCUGGAUUACCUGGUGCUGCUGCCCAGCGCUUACUAUGAAGCUCCCAUCCUGCAGAUCAGAGUCACAGAGCCCUGCACCUACAGCCCUGCACCUGACGCCAGCCCCAACUGUCUGCUGUACAGUUACCUCUCUCUGGACUCCUUCCCCUCCAUCUCCGGUGGCGAUGCCAGCUGUCGCUAUGACAACCAUCUGCCCCGCCCUUGCCUCACAGAGAAGAUCACGCUGCGUCACCCCGACAUGGCCAUCUGCAGCGGCAAUGACAUCAACGUGCAGCUGCGUGGUCGGCUGCCGGCUCCGGGCGACUACGUCCUGGUGGUCGAAUAUUCCAGCGAGGAGGAAACUCCACAAACCCUGUCGGUGUCGGUGAACAUGCCCGGAGGACGGUCGCACCAGCACCGAGUCACCCUGCUGCACUGCAAGUACAGCUUCCUGUGUCGAGCCGUCACCAUCGACGGGCAGAACCGGGUGGCCGUCUUCUCGCUGCCCGCGGACGCCGAGGUGCAGCUCAUCUCCGACCGCGCCAGCUUCUUCCUGCACAAAGUCUACCUGGUGCCUAAGGAUCAGUUCACCAUGGAGUACGUGGAGCCCAAGGUUCACUGCAUCAGCACACACGGACAGUUCUCACCUGACAGCUCCUCCUGCGUCCCGUCCCGUUUCCAGACCCCCUCGGACUCCCUGGUGCUGAAGGAGGGUCAGGCCUCCUCGGUGCAGGAGCCCGUCCUGGCCUCCCCUCCCGAUCCUCCUCCUCUGGCCGCCCAGCAGUCAGACCAGCCCGUCUGGACCGGAGGAGAAAGACCUCCCAAGGCGGCGGACAACAGCGAGCACGUCCGGCUGGACUCGCUGCAGAAUGCAGUGGUGUACUCGACCCGCGUCCACUCCCUGGGCCGCUACGUCUUCAUCCUGCACUACCACCAGCCGCUCCACCCCUCCUACCCGGUGCAGGUCUACAUCAAUGGGGGACGAAUCUGGCAAGGCCACGCCAACGCCUCCUUCUGCCCUCACGCGUACGGCUGCCGAAACGUCCUGGUGUCGGAGAAUCAGAUCAUCCUGGAUGUGACGGACCACGAGGUCUUCCUCACCGUGCAGAUCCCAGCAGGGAAGACGCUGUGGCUGGACUACGUGCUGGUGGUGCCGGAGAGCAGCUACAGCUCCAGCUACCUGAACGAAGAGCCCCUGGACAAAUCCUACGACUUCAUCAGCAGCUGCGGCCAGAACAGCUUCUACAUCAAUCCGUCCGCCGCCUCGCCGUUCUGCGUCAGCUCUGCCGUUUCUCUGUCGGCCUUCUUCAACAACGGCGCUCUGCCCUGCGCCUGCCACGAGGUGGGGGCCGAGAGCGACGCCUGCGAGCUGUUCGGCGGGCAGUGUCGCUGCAGGCCCAACGUGAUCGGCCGAGAUUGCUCCAUGUGCGCCACGGGCUACUGGGGUUUCCCCAACUGCAGACCCUGUAACUGCGGCACCAGGCUGUGCGAGCCGGUGACCGGCGACUGUAUCUGCCCUCCGAGGACCCUCCGCCCCGAGUGCACCCAGUGCGAGCCGCAGACGUUCGGCUGCCACCCGGUGGUCGGCUGCGAGGUCUGCAACUGCUCUCGGCCCGGUGUCACCGCGCCGGACGCCAGCUGUGACACGCUCAGCGGACAGUGCAGAUGUAAGAACAACAUCAUCGGCCGGCAGUGCGACCGCUGCGCUCCUGGUUUCUAUGGUUACCCCAACUGCAGACCAUGUGACUGCAACGAGGCGGGAACCGAGGAGGAAGUGUGUGACUCCAUCACAGGACAGUGUCUCUGCAAGGAGAACGUGCAGGGCUCGCGCUGCGACCAGUGCCGAGUCGGGACGUUCCACCUGGACCCCACCAACCCGAAAGGCUGCACCAGCUGCUUCUGCUUUGGAGCCACCGACCGCUGCCGCAGCUCAGACAAGCGCCGCACCGAGAUCAUGGACAUGGUGGGCUGGGUGCUGCUGGGAGCAGACAAACAGGAAGUGCCGGUGACGACGUAUCCCGGUCAGGACCUCGUGGAGGCCGACCUGAGCGACGUGCCCGAUGUUUAUCAGGACCUGCACUGGCACGCGCCCAAGACCUACCUGGGAGACAAGGUCUCGUCUUAUGGAGGUUAUCUGAGGUAUCGUCUCCACACUCAAACCAUGCGAGGGGAUGUGUUGUCUCUGCCUGCAGAAGCCUCCAGGCCUGACAUCAUUCUCAAGGGAAACCAGAUGACUCUGGUGUUCAUGGAGAGAGAGUACUCGUCACCUGAGGAGCCUCACCUGGGCAUCGUUCACAUGGUGGAGGGAAGUUUCCGUCACGCUCAGACGGGGAACUCGGUGUCCCGGGAGGAGCUGAUGAUGGUUCUGGUCGGGCUGGAGUCUCUGCAGAUCCGGGCCCUGCACUCGCAGUCGGCUCACUCCGUGUCGCUGCGCGGCGCCGUGCUGGAGGGCGCCGAGAACCUGCCCGCCGGUCGCCAUGCCAACAACGUGGAGAUCUGCAUGUGUCCCGCCAACUACCUGGGAGACUCCUGCCAGAAAUGUGCUCCGGGUUACUACAGGGACACUAAAGGCUUGUUCCUGGGGAAGUGUGUUCCCUGUAACUGUAACGGACACUCGGAUCAGUGUCUGGACGGCUCUGGGAUCUGUGUGAACUGCCAGCACAACACGGCCGGCGACCACUGUGAGAAGUGUCAGGGCGGUUUCCUCGGCAACAACAGUCUUGACGGACAGGCGGUGUCGUGCUCCAGCUGUCCGUGCCCGCUGCAGGUCGCAUCCAACAAUUUUGCCGUGGGCUGCGUGGAGAAGCCCAACAGGAUGCAGUGUCUGUGCAUGCCGGGCUACGCUGGACCCAACUGUGAAAGGUGCGCUCCCGGGUUUUACGGCAACCCCAUGGUGAUCGGCAGCACCUGCCAGCCGUGCCGUUGCCACGACAACACGGACUCCAACAUGCUGUUCAGCGACUGCCACCCGCUGACCGGCGAGUGUCUGAGCUGCAUGCACAACACGGCCGGGAAGCACUGCGAGAUCUGCGCCCCCGGUUACCAUGGAGACGCCAUCGCUGCCAAAAACUGCACCCGAUGCAGCUGUGACCCGUGUGGCACCGAGUCAUGUGACCCUCACAGCGGGCAGUGCCGCUGUAAACCGGGAGUCACCGGGCCGCUGUGUGACCGCUGUGAGGGCGGCUCGUUCGGCUUCUCCUCGUGCUCCGGCUGCCGUCAGUGUGACUGCGACGCCUCGGCGGCGCUGGUGCAGCCAUGCGACCCGGACAGCGGCCAGUGUGCCUGCCAGCCCGGGGUCAACGGGCCCAGCUGCAGACAGUGCGCCCCCGGGUACUGGGACUACAGCCCCAACGGAUGCAGGAAGUGUGAGUGUAAAGGCGGCCGCUGCGACCCGCGGACAGGAGAGUGUCACUGUGCUGACGGACUGACGGGAAAACAGUGCGACACCUGCUCACACAAAUACAGCGUGCCCAUCCAGCAGGGACAGGACAUGCACUGUGAACCAUGUGACAGCUGUGUCGUCGUCCUGUUGGAGGAUCUGGACAACAUGAACGACAACUUCCGCUCGGUGGCCCAUCAGCUGAAAAACCUCAACGCCAGCUCCAUCGCCUGGGCCCAGCUGCACAGCCUCAACAAGUCUAUGGAGGACAUCGCUCGUGCCAUCGAGAACUACAACAACUCUCUGGAUGAAAGCAGGAACCGGGCCAACAUGGUGGAGGCUGAGAUCAUCAACAUCAACGCUGAUAUUAACACACUGGAGAACAAGGUGGCAGCGACAAGCGACAAGGCCGAUAACCUGGAGGACAAUACCAGUAACACACACCAGAGGGCGCAAGACCUGCUGUCCUUCAUCAACAGCAUGACCGGGGAUAUAAACGACAUGAUACUGAUGGCGAACCGGUCGGCUCUGAACCAGACGGAGGCGGAGCAGGACGACGAGGACAGGGAGAGGAAGAUGAGGGAGGUGGAGGCCAUGAUGAGGGAGAUGAGGUACCGCAGCUGCGUGGGACAGAAGAAAAUAGCCGACAGAGAGAAGGCAGAGGCACAGAAACUGCUGGAUCGUGUCAACAAGGAGCUGGUGGGCCGUCAGGGGGACAACGACGACUUGGCCCAGAAUAUCCGAGACCGUCUGGCGAAGUUCCACUCGGAGAUGAUGGACCUCAGAGACGCCCUGAACGAGGCGGUGAACAACACGGCCAGAGCCGCCGAGACCAACAACGUCAACGAGAAAGCUCUGGAGGAGACCAAGAGGAAGAUCGAUGACCUGGCCUCCAAGCAGAAGGAGGUGGAGGACCUGCUGCAGAUGGCCGAGGACGACGUCGCACAGGUCAACGAUUUGCUCUCCAUGCUGCACGACUCCAAAGAGGAGUACGAGCGGCUGUCGGCUCAGCUGGACGGCGCCCGCAUGCCGCUCGCUGAGAAAGUGCAGAACUUUAAUCCGACCGAAUCGAACGCCGACCUGGUGAAGCGGGCGGAGGAACACGCCGCGCUGCUGGACGAACUGGCCAAGAACCUCACCAGUCUGAUCGUAGGAACGCGGCUGGAGGAUUUUGCAACGGCGUCGCAAGCCUACACCAACAUCAUCAACCGCAUCCGAGAGGCUGAGGACGCCGCCAACAAGGCCGACAAGGCUGCCACAGAUGCACUGGAGAACACAAAGAACCAGAACCUCAGUCAAACAGCCAACUCUCUGAAGAACCACAGUCUGGACCUGAGAGACGAAGCCCAGCAACUACAGGAUGACCUCAACGAUGAGCUGAAGCCGCAGCUGGCCGACGCCAAGAGGAGGCUGGACGCCGCCAAGAGCAAAUACGAUGACCUGAAGAAAGAGCUGGAGGCCGCUCAGGACAGCCUCAACUUCACCACAGACCUGAGCGCGGAGAUCGACGCGGCGAAACGAGCGGCGAAGCAGGCGAACGACACGGCCACCCGGGUCAACGAGGUCCUGAAUCCCAUCAAAGACCAGGUGAGCCAAUGGGAGCAGAGCUACGGCGACGCCAACGCCACCAACGAUGACAUCAACAACGCCCUGAUGGAGGCCAACAAGACAGUGAGCAUGCUGGGUGAAACCAUCCCGCUGCUCAUGAAGAAGCUGGACAAGCUGCAGAAUCACUCGGCUCAGAUGCCCAACAUCUCGGAGAACAUCAGCCGCAUCCGACAGCUCAUAGAGCAGGCACGCAGGGCUGCCAGCAAGGUGAGCGUCCCGAUGAAGUUUAACGGGACGUCCGGUGUUCAGGUGCGAACUCCCAGUAACCUGGCCGACCUGGCAGCCUACACCUCUCUGAAGUUUUACAUCACCCUGCCGGAGGCGGCUCGCCCCAAACGGCAGGACAACAUCACCAAACAGUUCAUCUUCUACCUGGGCAGCAAGGAUUCCGGCAAGGACUUCCUGGGCAUGACGUUGGAGGGGCGGCGACUGCGUUGGUACUUUAACGUUGGAGGAGAUACGGCUGCAGUGGUGAUGCCAGAGGACCUCAUGUCUAACGGGGAGUUCAACAAUGUGGUGCUGGAAAGAAUCCUGCAGUACGGUCAAAUGGCCAUGUCUACUGACACCAGCGACCUGCGCGUGACGAAGGUUCGUGUGGAGGCUGGAGGAGACAAGGGGCUGCUCAACCUGCUGACCGACGACACCGUCUUCUACGUGGGAGGUUAUCCCAGUACUUUCACUCCUCCUCCCCAGCUGGCUCUGCCAAACUUCAAGGGCUGUAUUGAGCUGGAGACGCUGAACGAGGAGGUGCUGAGCCUCUACAACUUUGAGAACACCUUCCAGCUCAACACCACAGAGGAAGUGCCCUGUGGCAGGAGCAAGCCGGCGCUGACUCAGCAGUGGGUGAGCGACGCGGCGUAUUUCGACGGCACCGGAUACGCCGAGAUCACCUUCAAGGAGGACGCGGGCACGAUACAGCGCUUCGAACAGGAAGUCAAACUGCUGUCGCACAACGGAAUACUGCUCAUUCUGCAGAACGGGGACAACUUCCUGUGCCUGGCGGUGCUUCAGGGCAGGCUCAAGGUGUUCUACGAUUUCGGCGGUGAACUGAAGGAGCUGGAGCCCAAAGACACGAUGUUAGAGCACCUCAAGAUCAGUGACGCCAACCCCAAAAGCCUGGAGAUCAUCAUCCUGCGCAGCAGCUCCAAACGCAUCGUGGUGAGGAACAACCGCAUCCCGCUGUACAGCCACCAGUUCACCGAGGACAUCCCCUCCUUCAGCGGCAGCUACUUCCUGGGAGGAGUCCCAGAGGACAGGAUGCCUGACAAGCUGAAGCCUCUGUUCCCUAAGCACGGCUCUCUGAAAGGCUGCUUCAGAAACCUGAAGGCGCUGGGCUCUCACAUCGACCUGAAGAGGAUGAAGAGCUCGGGUGUGAGCUACGGCUGUGCCGACGACCUGCUGGUGGCCCGUGAGGCUCACUUCUCCGGUCAGAGCUACCUGGACUUGGCUCCAACCAACGUCCCCAGCCUCAGAGACAACUUUUACACCGGCUUCGGCUUCAGGACCGACCAGAAGUCUGGACUCAUGUUCUACCACCAGGCCCAGGAUGGAGUGUGUCAGGUGUUUUUGGAUAAGGGUCAUGUGGUGGUGAGGGCCGGAAACAGCGAGAUCAGGACACAGAAGACUUACAACGAUGACAGCAGUCACUACGUGGCUCUCUACAUCAACAGCAACGGGCUGCGUCUGUACAUGGACGACACGCUGGAGAAAGGGAACGAAGGCGGCAGGCUGGGCGGCGGCGGGCGCGGCGCGACACCCUCGGCGGGCACCAUCUUCCUGGGAGGAACACCCGACCAAACCCUCAACAACCUGACGGGCUGCAUCAGCAACCUGUUCAUUAAGAGGGUGACGAGUCCUCAGAUGGUUCUGAACCUGAUGAAAGCCCGAGAGAACGUCAACGUUCCCCUGGACUGUCCCGCCGCCAAGAAGCCUCAGCAGAUACUGGCCGCUGCGCCCAAACACGGCAAGAGCCACAAGGGGAAGCACAGGAAGCCGUCGGGCUCUCGCAGUCGAAACACACGCGAGUCGUGCCAGCCGGAGCUCUCGGCCCAGGAGAGCGGAGCGACACACUUCAGCGGCUCCACACACAGCUACCAGAGAUACGACACACUGCCCAGCUCCUUCAGCACUGCGCCGCACGUCUCGCUGGCGUUGAGGAUCAACUCGUCUGACGGCCUGGUGCUGCUGGUGGGCGGCGGCCCGCACAGAGGAGCCGUGAUGUCACUCGGCGUGUCGGACGGCCACCUGCUGCUGCUGCUGGACGGAGGGAGGAGGAAGGUCAGCCUGCGCAGCCGCAGGAAGUACGACGACGACCAGUGGCACACGGUGUUUAUAAAGCGCGAGGGAGAGAAGGCCAGUCUGAUCGUGGACGGCAUCAACAGCCAGUCAAAGAGAGUCCCAGGAGGGGAGCGGAGUCGCCUCGCUGGGCCGCUGUAUGUGGGCGGAGCCCCGCCCACGCUGACGGCUCCAGGCUCAGGCGGCUUCGUGGGAUGUGUCAGGGAUCUGAAGCUGAACGAGGCGCCCGCAGGAAGCCCCGCCCACAGCCAGGGGGCGGUGCCCUGCUUCCAGAACCCUCUGCAGCCCGGAGCUUACUUCUCCAGCCAGGGGGGGCACCUGGCCGUAGACGAGUCUUUGGUUCUGGGUCGGGAUCUGGAGAUCCAGCUGGAGGUUCGGCCCGUCUCGGACUCGGGGCUGCUGUUGCAUGCUGGGACAUCGGCAGACCACCACCUCAGCUUGGUCCUCAAUCAGGGGAAGGUCACAGUAUCAAUGAACAGUGGCAGCGGUGAAUUCUCUACCUCCUUCACUCCUGAGGAAUCUCUGUGUGACGGACGCUGGCACACCAUCACAGUGGUGAAGAGGAACAACAUCCUGCAGCUGCACGUGGACGCAGCCAGCGAGCACAUGGUCGGCCCCAAACAGAGCCGCUCCGCAGGGGGCAAAGAGACAGUUUACCUGGGGGGAGCACCUGAUGGCGUGCCGGUUCCUGCUCUGCCCGCCGGCCUGCCCUCCUUCCACGGCUGCAUCCGCAGAGCGACGCUCAACCAGCGGCCGGCCAUGCUCAACAAACCGCUGGCCGUGCACGGAGCUGCAGGCACACAGGGCUGCCCGCACAUGUAGCCCCACACACACACACACACACACACACACACGCUUAUCCUCACAUUCCCCAACUACAAAUUACUGGUGGUGGGUGUCUUAUGUUACUGUAGCUAAUUUAAAAAAUAGAUAUAUAUAUUAAAAAAAAAUAUUUAUUUUUUAUUUUUGAGAAAAGUGUAUAUUUUUUAUUUUUCCGUUUUGUCCUCAUUACUAUUCCAGGUGUGUGUGUGUGUGUGUUGCCACAGGGUGCUAUGAAACAGAGCUGUGUGAGGCUGGAGAUGCACAGAUACUGACAGUGGUACAGGACAAGACGCCGCAGGGACGAGAUUAAUGAGACUGACAUCAGAUCUCAAAAAAACCAAAAGUCACACAUUAGCAAUUAAAGCAAAAUCACUGAUUCUUGUAUAUUUGUUGUAAAUUUGAUUAUAUUCUUUUUUUUUUUUUUUUUUUUUUUUUGACGUCCAAUCCCUUAAUCAGUUUAUUGUUGAGGUUAAGGGUUUUUUUCAGAAUGGACUCACACACACACACACACACACUGAGGAAGUCGAACGUGCCGAGUUGCUGCAGUGUGUUCUCCGUCACACACGAGUGACACGGCUGGGCAACGCAGAACAGCGACUGAAUGAGCUGAAGCCUCCAUGUACAAAAGAUUUAGUUUGACUCAGCCUAAAUUCUGCUGGUCAUUGCUUCUUCUUCUUCGUCUUUUUUUUUAUUUUUUUAUUUUUGCAGAAUUAAUCAUCUGCAUGGCUCAGAAAUGUCGCCCGUGUGUCAUGGCCUUUGUAUUCUUCACUUAUCGUGUCUCUUCAUGUCUGCAGCCAGGAAAAGCUCCUUCACCUCAACAUCACAUGAAUUUCAAACGUGACUCCAAAUAGUUUUCCCUCUCUUUGAGCAGAAAACAUUUUAGCUCAGGGGAAGAGGAAAAAAAAAAAAAAAGGAAAUCUCAGCUGAAGCUGACUCUGACUUCCUGCUCUUCAGCUCUGCUUGUAAAAUAUUUCUCCCGUUUUCACCCUGUCAACAAGCUCCAUCCCCUCGAGCCUCACAGACCCAUCCAGCAGGAAUAAUCAGAUCCAUCCACAUCAUAUGAAAUUAUAUAGAAAUGCACAUUGUAUAUUUUGGUAUAACCUGAACUAUAUGGAUUUAUAUAUGAGGGGUUUUUAAAGUCCCCCUGCAGAUUGUGAGUUCUGUGUGAAUCCAGCUGUAUGAGCACAGGUGAAGCCACGGCCCGCUGUGACUCAGGGCUUCAUUUUGCCAAAAAAAAAAAAAAACUGUUUUCAGAAGCAACUUUCAUUUUUGUUUCAUUAUGAAUGAACAGAGCAAAGAUGAGUUCAAAAACCCUGCCAAAAUAAGUUUGUUUUUUUUUAUUCUAACACCAUCUGCAAACUGUAAUCUAACACAAAUGGACAAAUCGCCGCACGUUGUCCAAUCUGAACGCUUGAAAAAUGAAACACAACCUUGCAAAUGUGUUUUGAUGAAUUUGUGCCGAGCUUAUUAUUUCAGCUGGGUUUUAUCCACAUAUGCAGCCAGGAAACUAAGGCUCAAAUUUUAGCUUUUUUUUUUUUUUUAUUGUUAAACUAUGAAAACCACCUCAAUGAUUUUUUU